AAUUCAACAUAACCAACACACCCUUCUUUGAACUCUUCCAAAAGCACACACCCCCCCUCCUUCUACGUUCUUCCAAACAACUUCUUCUUUCACUUCAUACAACCAAAGCCAUGCACGUGCACUACGCACACUCAACAUUUUGAUUACAUAGAAAAAAAAACACAAGAAAAACAAACAGAAAAGAAAAUGGCUGGAAAUGAAUGGAUAAAUGGGUACCUGGAGGCAAUACUGUCGACAGGGGCAUCCAACAUCGAGGAACAGAAGCCUGCGCCUGUUACUCUCAAAGAUGGAGGCCAUUUCAAUCCGACAAAGUACUUUGUUGAAGAGGUGGUUGCAAGUGUGGACGAGUCUGAUCUUUACCGCACUUGGAUCAAGGUUGUUGCAACCAGGAACACAAGGGAGAGAAGCUCUAGGCUUGAGAAUAUGUGCUGGCGCAUAUGGCAUCUUACUCGCAAGAAGAAGCAGUUGGAAUGGGAGGAAGGGCAGAGGCAGACGCAACGAAGGUUAGAGCGGGAACAAGGCCGCAGGGAUGCAGCUGAGGAUAUGUCGGAGGACUUGUCAGAAAUCGAAAAGGGUGACAUUCUUAUGGAGAUGGUGCAGAGUAAUGAGACCUCAAAGAAAACUUUUCAGCGCCAGGUUUCUAACUUGGAAGUAUGGUCUGAUGAUAAAAAAGAAAAGAAGCUAUAUAUUGUCCUCAUAAGUUUGCAUGGAUUGGUUCGUGGAGAAAACAUGGAACUUGGUCGAGAUUCUGAUACUGGUGGACAGAUUAAAUAUGUGGUAGAACUUGCUCGUGCGCUUGCGAAAAUGCCUGGAGUGUACAGAGUUGAUCUGUUUACGCGCCAAAUCUCAUCGCCUGAAAUCGAUUGGAGCUAUGGAGAGCCUACAGAAAUGCUAACUGCAGGGCAAGAUGAUGAUGAUUGUGUUGGGGAGAGCAGUGGUGCUUAUAUAAUUAGAAUACCUUUUGGUCCACGCGAGAAGUAUCUUCGAAAAGAACUUCUUUGGCCUUAUAUUCGAGAAUUUGUGGAUGGAGCAUUGGCUCACAUUCUCAACAUGUCAAAAGUAUUGAGUGAACAAAUUGGUGGAGGCCAACCUGUUUGGCCAUAUGUAAUUCAUGGACAUUAUGCCGAUGCUGGAGAUAGUGCUGCUCUUCUUUCAGGUGCCUUGAAUGUGCCUAUGGUCUUGACGGGUCAUUCACUUGGAAGAAACAAGCUCGAACAGCUUCUUAAGCAUCGCCAAUCAAUGGAGGAUAUCAAUUCAACAUACAAGAUGAUGAGGAGGAUUGAAGCAGAAGAACUUUCCUUAGAUGCUGCUGAACUUGUCAUCACCAGCACAAAACAGGAAAUUGAGGAACAGUGGGGACUUUAUGAUGGAUUUGAUGUAAAGCUCGAGAAAGUAUUGCGUGCUCGUGCAAGACGUGGUGUCGACUGUCAUGGUCGAUUCAUGCCAAGGAUGGCGGUUAUCCCACCCGGUAUGGACUUCAGCAAUGUUGUGACUCAAGAAGAUGGCCCUGAAGUUGAUGGGGAUCUUGCUCAGCUUACUAGUAGUUCCGAAGGCAAUUCGCCGAAAACAAUGCCUCCAAUUUGGUCAGAAGUGAUGCGUUUCUUUACCAAUCCUCACAAACCUAUGAUCUUGGCCUUAUCGAGGCCUGAUCCGAAGAAGAACAUCAUCACUCUUUUGAAGGCCUUUGGCGAGAGCCGUCCCUUAAGAGAACUAGCUAAUCUUACUCUCAUCAUGGGUAACAGGGAUGACAUAGAUGAGAUGUCUUCUGGGAAUGCCAGUGUGCUCACAACAGUGUUGAAAAUCAUUGAUAAGUAUGAUCUAUAUGGUCAAGUUGCAUAUCCCAAACAUCACAAGCAAGCUGAUGUUCCAGAGAUAUACCGAUUUGCUGCGAAAACAAGGGGAGUUUUCAUCAAUCCUGCUUUAGUGGAACCUUUUGGUCUUACUUUGAUUGAGGCUGCAGCUCAUGGUCUUCCCAUGGUGGCCACUAAAAAUGGCGGACCGGUUGACAUUCAUCGGGCUCUGAACAACGGUUUGCUUGUCGAUCCUCACGAUCAGCAAGCAAUUGCUAAUGCACUUCUCAAGUUGUUGUCAGAUAAAAGCAUGUGGCAAGAGUGCAGAAAAAACGGCUUGAAGAACAUACACCUUUUCUCAUGGCCGGAACAUUGUCGUACUUAUUUGACUAGAGUGGCAGCCUGCCGGAUGAGGCAUCCACAAUGGCAGACUAGCACUCCAGGGGAUGACAUACCAGCCGAGGAGUCUUUCAACGACUCGCUUAAGGAUGUGCAGGACAUGUCCCUUAGGCUGUCAAUCGAUGGCGACUUGGCUGGAUUUAGCGGGGGACAUGACAUGCAAGACCAAGUGAAGAGGGUACUUAUGAGCAGGAUGAAGAAGUUAGACCAUGGUUCUAAUGACAAUGAUGGUGGAAAUAAACUUCAGGACAAUGCUGUUGGAAAAUAUCCUCUACUGAGGAGGCGUCGCAUUUUGAUUGUGAUAGCACUUGAUUCUUAUAAAAGUACUGGACUCCCAGACAAGAACAUGAUUAAAAUUGUGCAAAGUAUUAUGAAAGCUGCUCAACUAGACCCUCAUAAUGCAAAAAUAUCUGGAUUUGUUCUGUCUACGGCGAUGCCUAUGUCGGAAGCAGUUGAUUUCCUUAAAUCCGGGAAUAUUCAAGCAAAGGAUUUUGAUGCUUUAAUUUGCAGCAGUGGAAGUGAAGUUUACUACCCUUGUACUCCUACAGAAGAUGGAAAGCUUGUGCCUGAUAUGGAUUAUUGUGCCCAUAUCGACUAUCGUUGGGGUUAUGAGGGUCUGAAAAACACCAUUUCCAAGCUUAUGAAUACAUCUGAAGUUGAAGGGAAAAAGUCUUCUUCAAGUCCUAUUGUGGAAGAGUUGAAAUCAAGCAAUUCCCAUUGUAUCUCAUAUAAAAUAAAGGAUCCUAGUAAGGUCAGGAAAGUUGAUGACUUGCGGCAGAAGCUUCGGAUGCGAGGCUUACGUUGCCAUCCUAUGUACUGUAGGAGGUCUACGUGUAUGCAGGUUGUUCCGCUUCUUGCAUCCAGAGCACAGGCACUCAGGUAUCUCUUUGUACGCUGGGGACCAAACGUUGCAAACAUGUAUGUCGUGGUAGGAGAAACUGGGGACACCGAUUACGAAGAACUGAUUUCCGGAACUCACAAGACAAUAAUCAUAAAAGGAGUGGUUACUAAGGGUUCAGAAGAAGUACUUAGAAGCCAAGGAAGCUACCAUAGAGAAGAUGUGGUACAAGAUGGCAGUCCCAAUGUUGCAGAAAUCAGUGAAGCAACAGAGAACAACAUUGCUAGUGCCCUCAAGCAACUCUCUCAAGCUGGACCAAUGUGAGGUCCUUCUUCAUUGCUUGGUACAAAUAUAUGUAUAUGUUUAUUUUUAAAAAAAAAAAAGGAAAAAGAAAAAAUAAUUAUUACUUAUAAAUAUUAGCACAAAUUAAAUAAUUGGAUGUAAUUAUGUUACUAUGAAGCAUAGAAUCUGGCCAAGAUAUAGCUAGAUUAUGGGUUCCUUUGUUACAAAAAAAUGCUUUCUUGUUUGUACUCU